AUGUCAGCACCUGCCUCACUCCACGCAUCGACAAUCUUUGCUGUCCGCGAAACAGCGGAAUCCGGACGAGGAGUCUACGCGACACAAUUCAUCCCUCAAGGCACACUUUUGUUCGAGACAGCCGAGAUCGCAGCCAGUGUCAUCUACCGCGAAUACUGGAAGGAAGUUUGCGCAGAAUGCUUCCUCUACAACAGAGGGCGGAACUGGCGCAUCCGGGACGCAAAAGCUGGACUUGCAUUCUGCAGUGAAGAGUGUCAAGCCACCUGGAGGAAUGAUGUCGUGAACGAUGACGCAGCAGCAGUCGCGAUUGAAGGGCUGGGAAAGACAGGACAGUCAAAUUCGUCGGAUCCAGAUGAAGACCCAGAGCAUCUUCUCCCGCGACCGACGACAGAAGAGAUCGAGGAGGCAUGGACAAAAGCAGAAGAGACAGCGACAAGAAUCCGCGCCGCCCGCACGUCCGCCAAACCCUCAAAACCAGAGCGCCGCCUAUUGACACAAAUCCUCGCUAUACCACCUUUACGCGGCGUGAUAGCCUAUCAACUCCCAGCUAUCCUCACCAUCGCAAACUCGCCAUUGCUAUGGUCUGAUGUACUCAUCCUCGAGUCGGAACCUAUGCCAUACAUCUCGCCCGCAGACCUCAAGUUCCAAAUCACCAGUUAUCACCAUCUCCUAGCCUGCGUACCCCUCUCCCUCCUGGAACACAUCACCGCGACAAACCUGCGCACGCUUGCGGCAAAAUCAUCACAUAACGUGUUCAACAUAUGGUCGCAGGAUUUAGACGAGGAUACAAGCGGUGGCAGCGAGUGUUUGGGCUAUGGUCUCUGGACGGCAGCCAGUUAUUGGAAUCACAGCUGUGGACCGAAUAUACGGAAGAGACGUGAGGGUCGCAUGUGGAAGUUCUGGGCCGAGAGAGAUGUGCAGGUUGGUGAGGCAUUGUGUAUCAGUUAUUUGGGUGGUGAUGAGAAACAUAUGACAAGGAGCGAGAGGAGGGAGAAGUUAAAGGAGCAUUGGAAGUUUGACUGUGCUUGUACGCGGUGCGAGCAAGAGGUCGUUUAG